CGGAAGAUUACAAGUGUAACCAGGAAAUUGGGAGGAUUGCCGGUGGCUGCUGCAUGUCAGGGGGAAAGGUGCUGAGACAUGAGCAAGGAUCUGCCAGACCCCCAGGGGAAGCGCCUGCACUCGGCAGCCGACCACAUGAUGGAACCAAGUGGCUCAGGAGUGUUUUGUAGCAGGAUCCUAAAUAUGGUGAACUCGGAGGAUGUUAACGCCAUCAUACUGGCCCAGAGGCACAUGCUUGAUCGUUUUGAGAAAACCAAUGAAAUGCUAUCAAACUUUAACAGUCUAUCUAGUGCACGACUACAACAAAUGAGUGAUCGGUUUAUACAUCACACAAGAACCCUGGUGGAGAUGAAGAAAGAUCUGGACAUAAUAUUUAGAAGAAUAAGGAUGUUGAAAGGGAAGUUGGCAAAACAGUAUCCCGAGUCUUUCAGUAAUGUACACGAAUCUCCCAUUCUGGAAGAUGAUGAUGAUUUUGAUCCAACCCCAAAGAGUACGGCCACCACUAUUGCUACUUCAGAGCAGAGCACAGAGUCUUGUGAUACUAGUCCCUCUAUCAUUUCCCCGACCAUGAGUCAGGACUUUGAGGACUUAUCCCAGGCCCCCUCUGAAACGCCAUCUGCCAAUGGCCAGCUUUUAACAGAUGAUGAGGCAGCUCAUGAGGACUAGUAGACUGUUGUGGGUGAACUAUCGCUCAUGAAGGUUAUUGGAAAGACCUUUGUCAUGACUGAGAGUUCUACAAUCUUGAAAUGAGCACACUGGUUCCAGUAGGAAUGUUGGGAGGAACUUUGAAUUCCUGAGCCUCUGCAUAUGGAGACCUCUCCCAAGGCUGAGAUCACGCUCUCCCUUGUCCUUCUGAAGGUUGUGUUUAAAACUGCACUUCUUCCUAUAUUUCCUCUAUGUCUAUAUGUAAAUGACUUGACAAUACUGCAAGUGAAGAUUAAACACUUGGAAAGCAUUGCCGUUAUUCUCCUUGUUACAGAUCAGCUUUUAUAAAAUACAGAUACCCUGCUCUAUUGUCAGAAUUGCAUUACGUUGCUUUGUCUUAUCCUAUGUAAAUGUUUUGUUUGGCUCAGGAACGUAACCCCUCAUCAUGGUGUAGCACCUUAUUACAUUGUCUUCUGUCUGUUAUUUUCUGUCAUUAACAAUAUAUAUUACCACUUGUUGCUAAUAUCCCUUUCUGUUAGUACCUUACUGUUCUGCUGAACAUGAUCUUUAGUCUUCUGGGACACUGCCAUCAUAGUUUUGUCUAAUAUAUAUGAAAUAUAUACCAAUAAUAAGACAGUGAUGGAAACAGG